AUGCAACACAGUUCUCAUCUCAACUCGUUGUCUUCGAUGGUUCACAGACCAGGCGGGCAACCAGUCUCUCCAAGUUCAAGUCGACGCACUUCGCUGGAAUCCAACAGUAAUUACCGUUUAGAACCCGAGGCCCAGCAAUGUUUACCCGAGCUGGAUGAUGCUGCAACAGAAGACCUGGCAUCUACGAUAAGCGCUCCACGCUUUUCGACCGAUGGCACGUCGAAGUACAAUCGUGCCGCGGAAGACGACUCCGAUGGCGCCGCACCAGAGGUUGACUUGCCGAACACAAGGUGCGGCUUUUUCAUCAUCUUGACAGAUUGCGCCGCUGUUGCCCUUCCCUUGGGUCUUCUUGCCUUCGUUGUCAUCGUUUGGCGUCUCGACGGUUCCGUGAGCACCGAAGACUCCCGCGAAGACUGGGGAAACGCAAUCAGAAUUCUCGCUACCGUUUUCCCCAUCCUCUUUGCGUCAGUUGUCGGUCGUUUGACAUACGAAGCGGCACCCUGGAAGCUAGAAACCGGCACGACCCUCGGCUCUCUUGAGCAGUUCAUAGGCAGCCGCACAACCGCCUCGGACAACAUAAACACGAGCAUGACGUACUUUGACACCAACGCGAAGAGUCAGGCCGUACUGUGGGCAACAUGGGUGGGGUUCUCAUACUCAACCUCCAUGGCAAGCUUCCGGCCGAUGUCAACGUUGUAUAACACCCUUAUCUCAAUGCCCGAGGGAAUCAAGGCAGAUGCUAUGGAUAUUUGGGGCAACGUCAAGAUACCUUUCCUGAAGCACCUAGACACAGAUGCUUGGUUGGAUUUUGAUCGAGAUCUCAACGUGAAUGAGUACUCGUCUUUGGCCGGGAUCCCUCUUAACAGCAUUGGGAUUGGGAACACCGUAUUUUCGCUGGAGUCCAGCUACAUCAAACUAGACUGCUCAGCUGUUGAAAGCCGUGCCAUGGAGCUAGGGGAUGACGAUCCCCUGAAAGAGACGGUAUAUAAUGAAGAGCUGUCAGGCGCUGCUGUGGCUGUCGACAGCAAUCACACAAAAUCAGCAAAGUUGCCCAAUGGUACAUGGCACGGAUACGACUACACAAGAAACACUACCGGGCUAGAUUCGACUUGGAUUUUGGCACUUGGCGUUGGGCCACUGCAUGACCGCGCUGAGGAAAUGCACCGGCCCAUCUUGUUUCAAAAUGAGCAGGACAUCAAGGCCGAUCCGACGACUUUACUCUUCGAAAGCAUAUUCCCUCCACAAGAAUUCCACACAGGCUGUUCGGCAAAGAGCCGCUGCAGGGUAACUCAGGAGUACGUCGAGUCCCGCGUCAACUGUACCCGCACCACACCCACCGGCAAACAUGACUGCACCGUCGUAGCCCAGCGACAAUCUCAGAAGCAAAAUGCUCCCGGAGACAUAUCACAGCUAUCGUUUCCCGCCUUUUUUGACUUUGUCUCUCGCGAGCUCCCGCUCUCCAUCGGAGGCUCCACGGCUUACAAAAUGUUACAGCCAAGGAUAUGGGAAUUCGACUAA